AUGGAAGGUUUGAACAUUAAUGAGGUGGGAGGAACCGGAUCCGACAAUGGUACCUUAACACCUGAGGAAUUAGUUGAUUGUUGUCUCAUUGGUAAGCUGCUGGUCAAUAAAACCAUCCGAUUUUCUGCUUUUCAAGAGAGAUUUGCUCAUCUAUGGCAACCAGGCCAGGGGGUUGAAAUUGGUGCUAUGGAAGAUAACAAAUACAUGUUCCAAUUUUUUCAUCCUUUGGACAUGGAGAGAAUUUACCAGGGCAGUCCAUGGUUGUUUGAAAACCACAUGUUGAUCUUGAGGAAAGCGCAAUUCGGUGAAGAACCUACUACGAUGCCGAUGAACACGACUGAAAUCUGGGUUCAAGUCCAUCAAUUACCUUUUGGUUUCAUGUAUGAGUCAAUAGGAAGGCUGGUUGGCAGCCACAUUGGAAAGUUUGUUCAGUACGAUGACAUUAACAACUGUGGAUCAUGGAGGAAAUUCAUGCGAAUUCGGGUGGAAAUAAAUGUCAAUGAACCGUUGAAGAAGAGUUGGGCCUUUGAUCGUGAAGGAGGGGAACCGGUUCAGGUUUACUUCAAAUAUGAAAAGCUGGGUAACUUCUGCUUUGUUUGUGGCAUCAUAGGUCAUACAGAAAAUUACUGCAGCAAGAAACUUGAGUCAGGAUAUGAUGCAGGCGAGAGGGGCUGGGGGAACUACUUAAAGGCAGAGAAUGGCAACACUAAUGGAGGAGUCACCGCCAACAAAUGGUUGAGGGGCGGUCGGAGCACCGGCAGAGGCAGUCGCGGUGGUGCGUUUAAUACUGGAGUCAAUGCAGGUACAGACAAUGCAGUUAUUAACGCUGACGUUAGGCUUCAUGCUAUUCAUGGCAGAAUUAAAAUUGGUCGUGAUGCCAGCACAAGAAGACUCAUUUUUUUCAAACUGAUGGAGGAAGUAUUGGAAGGCAUUAACACGGGUAAUCAAUGUUGGAUCCGUUUUGAUGUGUUUAGUGGAAAGCUGAUGAAUGUUAAUGAUGAGGGUGGAAGUAACAGAUCAAGGAAUGUAAAUGAGCAAAACAUGAUCAUUCCUGUAGGCCCACAACCAAGUCAGCCUAUUACUCAUCAAAUGGAGAGAGGGGGAACAAGCUCGAAGACAAAUUUCAAAGGGGGUAUUGAUAGUACUCUGCUGACAGCUAUUAUUACUAGCCCAAAACACAUGCUACCCAACAACGCUAGCUCCUUGGGCCUAACAAUGAUUCCAUAUCAGAAGCUUUUGAAAGGAGAAGCAACAAGUAUUCAAGCUGAAGAGGGAGUACCAAAGAAAAGACCAAGGAAUGAAAAUGAAAUGUUGAACCAGGAUAUGCAAGUGGAUGAAGAGAUAACUGCUACAAGGGUUGCUGAGGCUGACAUCAUCAUGCAAAAAAAUCCCCUUUUUGAUGUUAAUAUUGUAAUGGCAGGACCUGCACACCAGGCCUGCCAGAAAAAAUGA